AUGUCAGAUCGUCGUCAACGAAUUUAUACAGUUCUGAAUAAAUGUGCGACACUGAUUGAAGAAAUUUCUAAUCCGUUAAAUUCAUCUAUUGAUACGAGUAGUAUCGAUCCAUUACUCGGUGUUACUAAUAUUUGUUUAUCAUCAUUGGAGAAUCCAUCCGCAUCAAAAGUUCGUCUUCGUCAAUUAUUACGUCAAGUUGAAAAAGAAUUUGAAGCUGUAUUACUUGAAAAUGUUGCUUUAAGAAAAGAAUUAGAACGAUAUGGUGGAUUAAACAAUAAUAAUAAUAAUGCACAUGUUAUAACAACAACAAGUGGAGAUCAUGAAGUACAUAUACGGAAAUGUUCUCUUGAUGAAAACAGAGAUGAAGAUAAUGAAAUGAUUACACAAAUUAUACGUAGUCCUUUAUUAACUUUAAGAGGUGAUAAUGAUUUAUCUUGUGCUGAUUGGUUUCAACGUGAUCAGAUUAAUUGUCGAACCCCAAGUUCUUCUGUACAAAUACCUAAUGAUCAUACAAAAGCUAUGAAUUCUACUUUAUUUCUUAGUAAUGAUAGUCUUGCAUCAUCAUCAGAUGAUGGUUUUAUUCAUUUAUGGGAUUCACCAAUACCACUUGAUAAUUCAUUAAGAUCACCUACUGCACCUUCAUUUAAUGAAACUAAUAAAAAUGCUAUUCGUAACAUUCAUAUUUUAAAUGAAUAUGAAGAAGGCAAUAAUUCUACUCAUGUAUUUGUACGUCUUAUUUUUCUUCGAAUAGGUGAACUUGAUACGAGAGCAGAAAAAUUUCAAGCUCAUGUAGCUAUUGAAGCUCGUUGGUUUUUAAAUUCUGAUGAUGAUGAUGAUGAAGAUAAAAUUCUUUCUACACUUUCAAAUGAUGAUCAAAUUCGAUUAAAUAAUGGAGAAACUAUCAAACUUUCAAAAGAUUUUCCUGAAAAUAAUUGGCAUCCACAACUAUUUUUACUUAAUAUUGGUCAAGAUUGUAAAGAAGUAAUUAAAUAUACAAUAAAAAAAUCCAAUUCUCAAAUACAAAUAUGUGAAUUUCGUGAUGUUAAUGCAAGUUUUCAUUCCAAAUUUGAUUUACAUCAUUUUCCAACUGAUAUACAAGAAUUAAGUAUAUCAAUUGGAUCAGCAUUAUUUGAUUCUGAAGUUACAUUACAAACUGAUUCAAAUCGACCAUCAGGUAUUAAUCGUGAAGCAUUUUUCGAUCAACAAGAAUGGAAAUUAUAUGAUCAUAUUCAAACACGAACUAAAUUCAUCAAAGGAUUUCUGUUUCAAAAUGAUGAAGAUUAUUCCUUAGAUACCCCAGGACAUGAACGUAAACGUUCAAUUUUAACUAUUGCAUGUCAUGCGGCUCGUCGUGCUGAUUAUUUCUUUUGGAAUGGUUAUUUUCUUGUAUUUUUAAUUACAAUGAUAUGUUUUAGUUCAUUUGCUAUUCCACCUAAUGGUGUUCAAUUUCGAAUUGCUAUAUCAUGUACACUUCUUCUUACAUCAAUUGCAUUUCGAUGGACAAUCAGUAAUGCUUUGCCAAAUAUUUCCUAUUUGACAUUAAUUGAUUUAUAUGCAAUUGUAUCUAUUUUUGUCUUAAUUAUUUUAUGUGUUUGGCAUUCGAUUAUUGGUACACUUAUUUUUAUUUAUGAUGAACAUGCUAAUUUAAAAUCAGAUUCGUAUUGGAUUUGGAUCGAUAGAAGAAUAUUUUUUGCUCUUGUUAGCCUUUAUACUAUUGUACAUGUAGCAAUGGGUAUUUGGUAUUACUAUGUACCAAUUUCUCGAAAGAAGCAAAUGAAAGAACUGGACAAACGUUACCGGCAAAUUAUAAAUGAAAGUGUUGGUAAAGAUAGAUUAUCAAUUCAGUCAAGUUCAAAUGGUACAACCGAACGACAAUUAAUUGUAUAA